AUGGGCAAGAAGAAGCUGUCGCUGAAGCCGGUCAAUCGCGGCUUUGCGACGACGUCGGUUGCGUCCAAAAAGAAGCUAGACGAGCAGGCCGCUGCGGAGGCUGCUACACCAGCUCUUGAUACGACUGAUGAUACUCCCAUAGCUCCAGAAGGAAUUGCUGCUGUUGCCGGUAGCAAGGCAUCGACUGGGUCCAUGGUAGUUGGCGCGGAGGAGACAAAGGAGGAUUGGGAGGAUGAAGCCCUCGCUGAGCAGAUUGUUCUUCAGUCGCUCGUGGAUAGAUUGCACGAGAAGGGUGAGAAAGAGGUAUCGAGGAUAGUCAAGGGCAUCGAGUAUGACACUCGCCUUUCGGCCGGGUUUGCGCCAUUACGAAUCAACGAAGCUAUCCGAGAUCAGGUGCUCGACCUUGCACUCGCUGAGGAGGCGGAUAGCAAGACAGAAGGACUGGGCGACCAUGUUAAAGCAUCCGGCAAGCCAUCGACACCCGCCGAGAGCGACAAAAGUCUCCUCCGCCUUUACGUCGCUUUUCACGUCUUGUCUCGGUUGGGCUUUUCGGAGGGGCGGAUCUCGCAGUGUCUGCUGGAAGGGCUAGAGGAGGGCGGAGGAUGGGAUGAGGCUAUCGACUGGAUGUGGCUGCACCUGUCAGAGGACGAGUGUCUCCGCCGGGGCGAGUAUGCACAAAAAGAAGACGUCCUGGUCCCCGAGCCCGAGGACGAGCUUUUGACCAUCCCUGAAGCGCCCGUUCGAUCCAAGUCCCCCGGACCCGAAAGCUCUACAAUCGCGUCGAAAGGCCCAACACCACCGUCUGAGCCCACUGCCUCCGCCCUACCCACAUCACUCUUUCAGUCUUUGGAUCAGACCCCACACUCGGACUCUGAAGAACAGUCCGACGCCGCAUCCGAGCCGGACCUGCAGAAAGCAAACACGGAAUGGGCAAAGUACGCGCUGGAGUUGGACACGCUUAAGACUGCCGCGGGAGGGACGAAACCAAAAGGGAAGAAGGGGAAGGGAAGCGGAGUUGUUUUGGAGACCCCGGAGAUGCGGAAAUUGAAGGAGAAGAUGGGUGUCUUGGAGAAGGACUACAUGUUUUCCAGGAAGGAUGCGGAUGCGCUGUUCAAGGCUGCAAAGGCCAAGCGGGACGCCGAAGUACUGCGGGAUCGGCUCAGCGGUCGCUCGAAACCUGCAGCACCCGCAGCAGAGUCGACCAGUUCGCCAGCUCCCGACGUGACUGCGGUAUCUGCCGGAGACGCUGCGGGAGACGAAGAGGAGGGCGAGGAAGGCGGGCUAUUCGGCAACAUGCUGGACGAGCCUGCUGAGCCGGUCGCCAUGCCCACAAUGGCCAGCGGGGAUAGCACUCCGGCAACCGCCAUCACCGUCCGGUCCAUGCCUAUCCCCAAACAAGUCGCCUACGCCGGUUCCACGCCCAAAGCACUUCUCCGAACCACCCUCCUCAAAUCCCACAAGACCGCCUCACUACAGUACGUACCUCUGAGCGGCCACUCUCGAGCCACGCGGGUCGGACUUCAAAUUGCUCUCGCGCCCAAACGGCGGCGAGUCUGGCGGAUGGACGAUGUGGCGUGCGAGGAUAUCCAUGAGGCGGAGAAUUACGUGGCUACGCUGGCGCUGCAUAGUCUGGUACAUGCGGGCGAGAUACCGGGGAUCAACGCAAAGACACUGCCGGUUGCGUAUCGGGAUUUAUGGGACGAGCUCGAGGUGGAGAGGCGGAAGAAGGAGGAUGAGGGCAGACGGGAGGUAUGGAGGGUCAUCAAGGGGAUAUAUGACAAGAAGGCGGUUGAAGUGGCAGGAUCGAUGGGGAACGGGGCGGCGAAGCCUGAAGCUGCGGAGGCUGUGCGGAAUGGGGACCACGGGACUCGAUCUCGGCCGGACUUUAUUGAGCAGCUCCAGCGGGACUGUCAGCGUCGGCAGGCGUCAAAACCAUAUCAGACUAUGCUUCGACAACGGAACACGCUCCCCAUCGCCUCAUUCCGGCAGACCAUCAUCGAGACACUCCAACAUUCCCAAGUCAUGGUACUCUCCGGCGAAACGGGGUGCGGGAAAUCCACGCAGCUCCCGGCCUACAUCCUCGAGGACCAGCUGUCGCAAGGCAAGCCAUGCAAGAUCUUCGUCACUGAGCCACGGCGGAUCAGUGCCAUCUCCCUCGCGCAGCGGGUCUCGGCGGAGCUCGGCGAUCUUCCUGGUCAGAUGGGAACCAACGCGUCCCUCGUCGGAUACUCGAUCAGGCUCGAAGCCAAGACAUCGGCGUCUACGCGGUUGGCAUUCGUUACCAAUGGUAUUGCGCUCCGGAUGCUCGAGGCGGGGUCUGCGCCGGGAAAGAGCACGGCAUUCGACGAGGUGACGCACAUCAUCGUCGACGAGGUACAUGAGCGAAGUAUCGAUUCGGACUUUCUCCUUAUCGUCCUCCGGCAGCUUAUGGCUGUGAGGCCGGACCUCAAGGUGGUGCUCAUGUCGGCCACGCUGGACGCUGAGAAGAUCUCGGGGUACUUUGGGGGGUGUCCUGUGUUGGUCGUUCCGGGCCGGACGUUCCCCGUGCAGGUCAACUACCUGGAGGACGCGGUGGAACUGGCAGGAUGGAGGGUGGACGAGGGGUCUUCGUAUGCUGUCCGAGCGCGGAAUGCUCGGACAGGUACGAAGCAGCUGGAGCUGAAUGAGGAAGACGGGGAUGAGAGCGACGAGGACGAGGCGUCACAGGCCGACCCGGCCAAAUUAUCGUCCAAGCAGUACUCGGCCCAAACGGUAUCCACUGUCAAUCUCCUCGAUUCCCGGCAGAUCCCAUACGAGCUCAUCGUCCGCCUCCUCGAACGGAUCUGCUUCGAGGACGUCAACCUCCAGCCUUUUUCACCGGCGGUAUUGGUGUUUAUGCCCGGUCUGGCGGAGAUUCGGAAACUCAACGAUAUGCUCUCGGGCCAUAGAGAGUUUGGGAGUAGGGGGUUCAUGCUGUACCCUCUGCACUCGACCAUCUCGUCAGAGGGACAGAGUGCCGUGUUUGAUAUCCCGCCUCCGGGAGUAAGGAAGAUCGUUAUCUCUACCAAUAUUGCCGAGACAGGUGUGACUAUCCCUGAUAUCACCUGCGUGAUAGACUCGGGCAAGCAUCGGGAGAUGCGGUACGACGAGAAGCGCCAGAUAUCCCGGCUGGUCGAGACGUAUAUCGCGAGGAGCAAUGCCAAGCAGCGGAGAGGACGAGCUGGGCGAGUACAGGAAGGACUGGCAUUCCACCUCUUCUCGCGAAGCAGGCACGAUACACAGCUCGCGGAUCAUCCCAUCCCCGAGAUGCUCCGCCUAUCCCUCCAAGAUCUCGCUCUGCGCAUCAAGAUCCUCCGCCUCAAACUCGGCAAUACCAUCGAGGAGGUCCUCCUCAAAGCGCUCGAUCCGCCCACAUCACUCAAUAUCCAGCGCGCCAUCAGCUCGCUCGUCGAAGUACGGGCUUUGACCCUCAACGAGGAUAUCACACCGAUGGGUCGCCUCCUGUCGAAACUGCCGAUGGAUGUGCAUCUGGGGAAAUUCCUGCUGGUGGCGGCCAUGAUGCGAUGCUUGGAUCCGGCGUUGACGAUCGCCGCGACGCUGAAUAGCAAGUCGCCUUGGGUGACGCCGUUUGGACAGGAGAACCAGGCGAGGACGGUCAAGCAGGCGUUUGCUAUUGACCAUAGUGACUUUUUCACAAUCGUCAAUGUCUUUAAUAGCUGGAGACGGGCGUCGGAUAAUCCCAACUUUGUGCCUGUAUUCUGCAGGAAGAACUUUGUUUCGCAACAGAAUCUGCAGCAGAUCGAGGAACUCCGACAGCAGCUGCUCUCCUACCUCGUCGAUUCAGGCUUUGUCACCGCAACACCAGAGCAGAAACGCGAGAUCAGCCAGGCACGAUACUCCCGCGGCUUCAGGACUCGCUUUGUCUCGGUCCCUGCACAAUUCAACGAUAAUGCCGAAGAUCUGCAUAUCCUCGGAGCCGCGCUGGCGUCGGGGCUGUACCCCAAGAUCUUGUCUAUCGAUGCGAAUGGCGGGUUGAAGACCAUCAGCAACCAGCAACCGACAUCCACCCACCCGAGCUCUGUCAACUUCAAGCUCCGUCCUUCGGAAUUCGGGACAAGUCAUCUCGCCUACUUCACCAUCAUGCAGUCCAAGCGGCUGUACGCGUGGGAAGUCGGACCGGUCGAUGACAGGGCGUUAGCUCUGCUAUGCGGUGACCAAGCAGACGUACGCGCAUCAGCAGGCUCGGUCCAGCUCGACCGUAAGAUCCGAUUCUCAGUCUCGCCCAAAUCGGGUAUCGCGAUCAAACUCCUUCGGGAGCACUUUGCGAGUGUGAUGGCUACCAAGAUGAAGGGGAAGGCGUUGAGUGAGGAGCAGGAGAAGUGGUGGGAGUUGGGCAUCAGGUGUUUGAGUGUAGGGGUUUAUGACGGGGAGGAGGAGGGGCCGACGGUUGGGGUGAAUCUGGCUAGAUAG